UUCCUGUAACGUUAGUUGUUCGCACUUUUCUAUCGGGUUCAGCAGGUCAUGGAGGAGAAUGGUUAAGAGCUCAGCAUAUUGUCUCUUGGUGUCAGGCUGUAGCCGGGUUGCCGAUUCCCCCUGCAGGCUGCACAUUAAAGGUGGAAGUGGGGUUUUACAUUUGGGGUAACGUCGGUUAGGCAGGCUAGCAGUGGCUCCAGCGUAGCGGUAAUUGUCCGAAGGCAUGCUUGUUUAUGGAGGAAAAGUACUGCUGCUGCAGGGUUCAACUCUGGACAUUAGGUUACUCACAGGACAGGCUCAUAGUUUAUACGUGGGUUCAGGUGCCACAUAACCAUUCAGUCUAUAACACAUCAGGUGCUGCCUGGCAGGUUGAACAAUGUGAUUUUGUUCGGAGGCAGCCGCACUCCAAUGGUCCAGGACCUCACCUUCCUUAAGUAGAAUGUACUUGAUGAAUGUACCUCCUGUCGCAGUGACGCAAACGGAAUGGAGAACGUGUGGUCCACCUGGAGGCUAUAGCCUUCCAAUCUGCUUCAAUGACUCUGACACAGAGUUGUCCACCAGAGGCACACCUAUCUCAGAUAAGGUCCAGAUGAUCAUAGAGAGCCUUAGGAGCACCCAGUCCUCACUCGAGAUGGGCGACGACAUUGCGGGAAAUAUGCUAUCGGGACAGGAAGGUCACCCCCAAGUCUGCAAGGUCGCAAUGGCUUCUUAUGUGGGAGCCAAGUCCAAAACUAAAGGUCCCACUGAAAAUCAACAGGCAUAUGUUUCCUCCCCAAUCAACCACAAGAGCAGUGACUCUGACAGCGAUGAUUCUGUGGACAGAGGAAUUGAGGAGGCAAUACUGGAAUACCUGAAGGAGAAGGAUGAUCACAAACGUCAAGGGGAACCAUGCUUCAACUUUCUCCAAUCAUCCAAAAUUCCCAGGAAAAAUCCACCUAUUCCUGAGGUUUCCAAACAGAACUCUGACAACAAUACAUUUCUGAUUGCCACUAGCCAGUUUCCAAAAAGUGUCAAAGCUGAGACUCUCACAGCACCCGCUGUUGUACCGAUUAAAAAGCAUAUCAAAAACAAGGCCUCCCUAAAUGACAACACAGUUAAGAAAUUGGAUUCAAAUAAAAGCACAACUGUAACUUCAGUCUUGUCCAAAGAACAGGCAAAGAGUCCCUCUAAAACAAUCAGCCUCUUCAACAAAGUCAAGUGCCCAGUCACAGUUAAGGUGGAGGAAAACUCAAAUGAUUCCAGUAGUGAUGACGGCAUUGAGGAGGCCAUUCAAAAAUACCAGAUGGAGAAAAAGGAGCAGCAGAACAAGACUGACGCUUUCAGCCCUCAUGCAUUCAAAGAGGAGUCUGACUCCACUAGCGACGAUGGUAUUGAAGAAGCUAUUCGCUGCUACCAGCUUGAGCAGCUCAAGGAGAAGAGUGUCCUGAAACCAUUCUUACAUAGGCAAAAACCCUUUAGAAAGUCAUUAAUACAUGCUGUUGGAAGUGCGGAAAACAUGAAGAAACACAAACUGAGAAAGAAAAAGACAAGAACAGAGAAAGAAGGAAAAUCUGCUCAACCUCCUCCUUCAUCUGUUUUUGUACCCAAGAAUACGCUUUCAAACAGCUCGAAGGGGAAAGGAAAUGGAUUGCUAUUGUUUAAAGUAGAAAGUCUUAAGGAGCAACCUACCCCUGCCCCACCAAAGGUAAAUACAACUGCAGAGCUCAUGUGUGCUGAGGCAAUACUGGACAUUUCGAAAACCGUUAUGCCUGGGGCCUUCCAUCACAGUGUCGGCCUUAGCAAUUGUACCCCCACCGAAACGUCUUUGCAAUCUUCCCUUCCUGAUAACUGCCCAGAUGAAGAAAGUAAUGGCAGCUCCAUUGAUAGUGAAGAUGGCAUAGAGCAGGAAAUCAGGAAAUUUCUGGAGCAGAAGGCCCAAAUGCACAAACAGCCGAACAGCUCUCCUGCGACUCAAGAGCCUCAUAGUAUAAAUGAAUCAGAGGACGUGAAAGCAAAACAAGUUGCAACCCAAAGGAAACCUCCAAGAUUGUCUUUGACACAGAGAAGAAAACAUAAAGAGGAAAACGGUAGCAUUUCCACCAUGUCAAGGACAGAUAACAAUGAAAAAGAAUCAAACCCAUUGGUAUUUUCCCAGAGAAGUCAAACACCCCCAAUAGCUAGAUUGCAUGACACAGAGCAAAGUGGAGACAAAAGCAGCUCGCUAGACAGUGAUGAGGACCUAGACACUGCUAUAAAAGACCUGCUCAAGACAAAAAAGAAGUCAAAGAAAAAAACAAGAGACUUAAAGCGGAAAUCAAAGAAGUGCCUCAAGAAUGAAGAACCGCUUCUAGGAAAUGCUUUACAGACCAAAAAGUUUAAACCUGAUCCUAUUUCCAAGCGCAGUGCUUUGAAAAAAGUACAGAAGACUAAGGAUGACAUGAAAGACAAGACUGGACUGAGUAAAAAGACAUUUUUACAACAUAAAGAGAGAGAAAAUGAGUAUCAUGACAUGGAUGGAGGAGAAAUAGAGAAAUUUAAAGCAACUGAGGGUCCCAGCACCACGUUGCUGUACAAUACUCAGAUUGCUCUUCAGAUAAAAGAAGAUAGCAGUUCAGUAGACAGCGAUGAUAGCAUUGAGCAAGAGAUCAGAAGGUUUCUGGCUGAAAAGGCAAAAGUUUCCACUGCAGAAAAAAGUAAAGACGGAGAUGUAUCGAGGAACGGCACUUUUGUCCUACAAGCAGAAGACAUUAAACAGGAAAAUCAGCUGGCUGAAAUUCCAAGAAAAAGCGUCAGUCCCCUCUCUGGACAAUCUCCUCUGAGUGGUCAGCCUCCUCCAACCUCACAGAGUUUGCUACCAGACGUCUCUACUAUUGGUGCACAAUCACGUCUGUCCUCAGUCCAGUCCUGCCCCAGUCUUUUGGAGCCAGCAGACGGGGCAGGGGCUGCUAGAACUGAGCAAAGGAGGCCUAGCUUUGGGAGAAGGGAAGUCAGGGAUGUCGCCACACCGAUGGAGAGAGUUCAGCCAGUUUUAAAUCCUAACAUUGCUCAUUCCCGCUCUGAGUCAAUUAAGUGGCGCCAGAGCCUUGGACUCCCCACUACUGACACUAGGACUCUCACUCGACCUCCAUUCCAUAUCACCUCGUCUAAAAUCAGCGAGACUGCAUCAGCAACUCCUCCAUAUCAAAGUGAGGGCAUCAGCCCUAAAUCACAGACUCCGGUCACUGUUUGGUCCUCUGCAAGAACCAGCAGAGCACCUUUCCCCUGCUCUACAGAGACAACUGUAAAUACCACAUUCAGAUCCCCUGUCUUGAGUAUUUUGUCUACUGCCAGGCAGCAUCCAAGGAUGUCCUUUACACAGAGCCUUGCACCUGGCCUCAGUCCACAGUGCCCCAUUGAAGGAGAGACCGAGAGUAUGGUGCAUAUGUGUAAGGACAAGAGUGUGUUUGUCGAACUGGAAUCUAAUAGGACCAACCAUGUCCAGGUUCGAAGCAGGGAAAAGAGCGAGGGAAAGGAGAGAGUGGACUUGCUAAGUGAGAAAAAAAGAGAAUGCCAGAGCAUGAAGAUAGAUGAUAAAGAAGUACAUCUAGAAAGAACAGAGGAAGAAUUUAUAGAUGAGGCAGAUUGUGAGUCAGGCAACGAGAGAAAUCCAGAGAAGAAGCAGGGCUGUUCCUCGUCUUUGUCCAGUGCCAUUGACCCUGGCAUCACCAUCAGACCUUGCAUAGCUCUUACCACAGAGGAGAGAAGUAUGCUGUUCAGCAGGAGGUACCUGGCUAAAAAAUGCAAGGGGGUACCUCCUCUCAGUAGUGUUCCUGUGCAAAACAAGACUGUGCAACAUGUCAAAAGAAAGCUUCAGUUCAUUCCAGUCAACAGGAGAAGCGACACACCCAGUCACCACAGCAUAACAGAAUGAAAGUUAAUUCUGCAUUUAAAACAUGGAUGUAGAUGAUGUUGGCUAUUACAGUAUGUGUUGGUUGUUGAGUUUUGCACUUUACUGAGUGUGUGUUUAUGUAUGGGUUGCUGUUUGCGGCAAUUUUGUAUUUAUUUGGGCUUUUUUAACAGUUCUGUUUAUUUGUUGGAUUUUGGGAAAAAUUUCCCCCUGUUUUGUGUUGUAACUUAUAUAGUAAGGAGAUUCUGCAAAAAAAAACCCAUAAAGAUACAUGGAAGAAUGUUUAAGUUAAUUUGAUUGUUUUUGUAGUCAUUUAAGGGCAUUUCUUGUUUUUUUGUAUAGUUUUGGAAUUGGUCAAUCAUAAACUUCAGGAACUCCCCGAGUAUAUUGCAACAUGUCUAAACUACAUUUCCUAUUGGUUUUGUUUUUCAUGUUACUAACGUUACUGAAUAAUAUAAGUUUACUGGUGUCAGGGUUUCAGGUACUAAAAACACAAAUUGGGUUGUUAUGGACCAGAUAGACGGCAUGAAUUGGUUUUUAUACUACAGCUGUUUUGUGUAAGGAUUAUAUUUUUUGCCAGUUUUGUAGUUAAAAUUAACGUUGCUUUAUUAUUUUGUAUACCUUUCAUAGCUAAAAAAAACACGAGGGCUGUAAUGUCCGUGGUGUUGUAUUUGUUUUUCAAUAAAGUUCUGAAACGAGCGUUUUAAAAUUGG